AUGGCUGGCCCCUCAUCUCUUCUCCUCCUCUCCCCAGUCGGAAGCCCUACCGACUCCGACUCCGACGCCGACGAUGACGGUCUCGAGUUCACCGCCGUCGACUCCUUCCACGGAGUCCAGUCGCAGGACGGCUCGCGGUAUUCCGUCGACCUCUCCGCGCUCAUACACCACGGCACGACCCGCAUCUUCCGCGGAACCCUCUCUGCCGACGGCAUCCCCUACACCGAGGUCGUUUGCAAGGUUGGCACAGGCCCUCGGCUCGUUGAACGGAUACGCCACGAAGCCAGGCUGUACCGCACCAAGCUCGCACCUCUCCAGGGCCGCUUCGUCCCACGAUGCUUCGGGCUCUUUGAGGGUGUGGUGGAGGGCGUCGAGACGUCGUGUCUCGUGCUCAGCUACGAAGGCGAGCCGACACAGCACUCGCUUCACACCACAGGGAUCGACUUCAGGAGGAAGGCCGUGUCGGCACUGCAAGCGCUGCACAAGGUCGGCGUCGCGCAUGGGGACUUCAACGAGCGCAGCAUCGUCCUGCGUCCGACCAGCUGCCCUGUCCUCGUCGGCUUCGGCGGCGCGGUCGAGCACUGCUGCAACCUCGGGCACCCGAUCAAGUUCUACGAACCCCAGCCGCAAUGCGACGACGUCGCGUGCGACGAGCUGUACUGGGCGUGCGUCAUGUCUGCCGUCUGGCUUCCCGGUGUGUGCUUUCAUUCUCUCCUCCGCGUACGAGACUUCAUGGCAGUCCCUGCCUCUCCUUCCUCCCGUAGCCACCGUGGAGUUCUUGAAUUGCCAUGUCCCCAUCCGCUGUGCGCUCGAGGGUUGUGA